UUCUUCAUCAUGUUUAAAUCGGGUGAAGUUUUUAAUUAUAUUGGCGUACGCAAUUGAAGUCUGUUGGGAAACGAUAUGUUCUGAGUGCUAGUUUUCAACGUGUGUCUGUCAACUGUUUCUGGUCGACUGUUCGAACUAGAGAACGUUAUCGAUUAUUUUGUUGAUUUGAUUCGGCUGAUGCUUUUAAUGAACCUCUCUGGAGAACGAGUGGCAGUUUCCCACGUCGCAGCCCUAUGGAAUCACCUGUGACAGCUCGAUGAGCGAUUACACGAGGUAGCAGCCUUAUCACAGUAGUCUGAGAGGCUGGUUCUUCAUUCACUUGAUAACAGCGUAGCAGCUAGUGUCGAACGUUUUUAUUACUGACCUCGGCGAGACAUUCGCAAUGACGUGCACGGCAUUUCUUCAGAAAUGGAAACUGCUCACUUUCUUCAUUCUGCUCACUGUUGCACCCUCGUAUGUGGAGUGCUCCUAUAGCGUCCGUGAUGAUGAAGGCUGCCAGGAGAGAUCGUGCAGCACGUGCAGCAGGUCGCCGGCGUGCACCGUUAACCACUCUUCGCGAGGAGGGGCGACGCACAGGUGCUCCGCUGUCGAGGCGCCGGGCAGGCUUCCGCGGCCGGCCGCCUGGCUGCUUGUGGCGCUGCUGUCUGCGCUCGCAGGCGGCACUGCCUGCUGGCUCGCCAACCUAUUGGCGCCACCGCCCGGCUGCGGUCGCAAAACGUGCAGGCAGCGCUCUCCACGAGAUCUCCAGCUUCCAGCAGAUACGUCGGGAACUCGUAACAGGACAGGACAACAGGCGCAGACCGACAUGCCAGGCAACAGCCAACUCGGUGCCACGUGACUACCACCAUCUGGUCGUUGUCGACUACUUGGCAGUGGCGUCAAAUCGAUGAAUAUGCACUGUUCGUCAAGGCGAUAUAUACUGGCUGCGUCCUGUAGGUUACGGCUCUAUUUAAUGUCGCAUAAUCAGAAGAUUGCGUAAAAUCACUCAUCAUUAAAUCCUUUACAAUGACUGCCUGUCCUGUGGAUUAGAUGCAUGUGGAAAGAACACACAGAGGAGAUGAAAGAAAACUGGACACCUGACAUCACGAUUCCUUGCAUACUAGAAAUACAAAUGUUCGUAGCAAAGUUUCAUUCUGUGAUAAUUACCGGUGAGAUAUAGAAGGCAAAGAAUGGCAACAUGGUAACAUUGUAGUGCCAUGUGCAGCAGGUACUUUCAUUUCGUAUGGUAUACUCUAGGUUCAGAUGUGGUAGACAAAGUGGUGCUAAAAAUACACUUAAAUAUAUGGUUAUGUGACACUUGACUAUCGAAGGGGUCCAUCCUAGGAGAAUUAUGAAUUCAGUAGUGAACGAUAAGAAAAAAGAUGUGGACCAAAAAACGGCCUGUGAUUUUUUACUUUGGGAGAUCGAUUACAACUGGAGAAGGGGAAGCCGAUGUUGAUAGUGGAAUGGAAUGGGCAGAAAAUGAAAGCGCGUGGUGAAGAAAACAGCAAAUCUUCCAAAUUGCCACUCUUUGACCACCAGUUUUUAUCAAAAUAUCCCAAGGACCCAAAAUUGUCACAGAUAUUUUUGUAUUGCUAGCGUGCAAGGAACCAUAUUGUGAAGUGUGUGCGAAUUUGGUUUCCCCGCAUAUGCUAUCAAACAAGCUGUUAGCACAGUUAUAUAAGCAAGAAAGUAUUUAUUUAGCUUGUUCUUAAAAGAAAAACUUACACAAAUAAGAUUAAAAAAAGAAAGAUUAUUUAUUUUAGUUCAUCCUGUAUAUCUUAUUAUGUUAGUAUUAAGCGAUAGCAGUGUGAUAUAAUUAAUUAUUUAUUUUAUGGCAACUAUAAAAAAUAAUACACAAACAACUGAACAGUUGUGCAAUGUAAAAUUAAGCUUUGCUCUAUGAUUUCGGAAAACAAUAUCAAAUACAAGCGCCAAAUUAAA